CCACUUUAGCUUCAGAGUGUCGUUCACAAAGAAAACAGCUGCUCGUAGUUUGAAAGUAGCUCAGAUUACUACGAUGUACAUGUGCACGUGAACGCAUCAGUAAUUGAAAUACUAUAUUUCAGGAUAAAUGUGUUAAUAUUCAGCAUCAGGAGUAACUGUACAUAUAUGUAUUUAUUUUGAUGCUAAGACUGUUGUGUUUUUACUCGAUAAAAUAUUUUGAAUAAUUGUUUUUACAUGUUAACGAUGACAUGAGUAUUAAUGAUGUGGACACGUGACUCAGUGAGUUUCCUCCAGUUUGAAUGAAUCAGUCAAACGUGAUCAAUGAUUUUGUAUUCGUUUCAUUGCUUCUUCAUCCCUGAAGCACAGCUGAUCUACUCCUCUUCAUCCUCAGCCUCCUCUUCUUCCUUCUCUUUAGCCUCCUCCUCCUCAGCUUCCUCCUCCUCAGUCUCCUCUUCUUCCUCUUCCUCAGCCUCCUCUUCUUCCUCGUCUUUAGCCUCCUCCUCCUCAUCAGCCAUGAGUGACAGUGAUGAAGAUGCCCCCCCCGCCCUGUCAGCUGACUCUCUGGCUGCCCUGCAGGAGUUUUACAAUGAGUCCAGAACGGAUUGUAUCAAGUGUCUGUCAGAGCAGUUCAGUGUGGGGGAGGUGGAGGAGGACUGGCGGAUGAGUCAGUUCUGGUACACUGAAGAGACAGCGACUCAAUUAGCUGAGGAGGUCGUACGAGAAGCAGGAGAGGGAGGCAGGGUCGUGUGUGUGAGCGCGCCCAGUGUGUACCAGAAGCUGAAGCAGGGCGUGGUGGACGGCUCGGAGCGGCUGUCCGCUGUCGUUUUGGAGUACGACCGCCGCUUCGCCACUUACGGAGACGACUUCAUCUUCUAUGACUACAAGCAGCCGCUGUCUCUGCCGCCCAGCCUGGCUCCUCAGAGCUUCGACGUGGUCCUGGCCGACCCCCCUUACCUGUCCGAGGAGUGUCUGAGCAAAGUGGCCCAAACCAUCAAGUACCUGAGUAAAGGCAAAGUGCUGCUGUGCACAGGAGCUAUGAUGGAGAAUCUGGCCAAAGAGCUUCUGGGUGUAAAAAAGUGCAGCUUCCUGCCGCAGCACAACAGAAACUUGUCCAAUGAGUUCCGCUGCUUCGUCAACUAUCCGUCUCUCCUGCUGAGAAGCGGAAGCUCCAGCUGAUUUAAACAGUGAUCUGAUCUAAUCUGUUGACUGCUGCUUCCUGAGGACCUCACACAGAUACUUCACAGCUGUGCUUUAAACUCACAGUUAUAACUUUGAUACGUGAGGAAAAAACGUGUCUUGCUUUAAAAUGUCAAAACGUCCACUGACUUACAUGGAAAAUGACUGGACAUUAGUUUAGGUUAAUAAUGUCCUAUAUGGUUAACUUAUUUUGAGGUUUAGGUGCUUUUAGCAUUAAAUAUCUUCCAGAACCAGCAAAUUGAAGAUGUCAACUUGGACUCUGAAAACUAAUUUAUUUUAAUGUUAUUUUAUGAAUAAAUAAAAAGAUAAAUAGUCAUGGGUGGAAAACAACCUGUAAAAUAACUUGUAUCCACCUGUGAUAACUGAAAUAAUUAACUGCUGUUAAUUAGAAAAUGUAACCAGUUCUUGUUUCCUGAAAAUACAAAGAAGAAACAAAGGAGUAUAAAAUGUUUGUUGUAGCUUUGACUCUCUUCUCUCUGCAAACGACACCAUCAACUGCUCAACUGAUUAGUGAUCCUUGAAAAGUUGCACAAAAAACAUUUUAAAUAGAAAUUACAAAAAAAUACUUUUCAAGGGAGUAGGAACAAGUAAAUUAGAUUUUUCAGAUACAUUUUCUUGUGUUUUUUCCCUGGUAUUUUUUUUCCAACACCCUAAUAAACCAAAGUACAGCAAAUAUUAUGUUAAUCAACCUUUAAUGAAACUUUAGGUGGUUUCCCUUUAGUUUUAUGUACUAUGUUUACAAAAUUAGUGAUUCAAACAGUAAGAGUUUUUUAAUUAUAUAUUUGUAUUUUUGUUCCAUCCUGUUAUUUAAUCAUAAACAUAUUUGGAGAUAAUCACAUUUGUUUAUAAUAAAACAAUGUUUCUCAGUGA